AUGCGAUCGAGCGGUGCCGGCGUGGUUGUCAUAUCCUGCUCCGACCCUCGAUUGAAUCCAUACCAGAUCCUCGGCAUUGAUCCUACAUUGAAGGCCACAAUGGUCCGAAAUGCUGGCGGAAGAGUGUUUGAUGCUAUCAGAACACUUGCAGUUCUGCAGACCAUAGGGGCUCCAGGGACGAUUGUCGUGAUGCAUCAUACUGAUUGCGGUAUGACCCAUUGGCAUGACCCGGAGAUCAAGAAGGCGUUAGUGGAGAUUGCACCGGAGGAGAAGGAAUCCAUUGAGGCGUCUAAAUUUGGGGAAAUCACGAGCUCCAUCAGGGAAGACAUUAAUAUUCUGAGGGCAUCUCCGUUGAUUAAGAAGAACAUCCAGAUCGUUGGAGUCAAGUAUGAUAUCAGUACUGGCGUUCUUUCGGUAGUAGACGAAACAAAUAGCGAGUUGUGA